AUGGCCCCAUUUAAGCAGGAGAACCAGUCGGCUGUCUCUGUGUUCUUAGUGGUUGGGCUUUCUGAUGUGGCAGGACCCCACAUUUUCCUCUUCCUCCUCUUCCUCUGCAUCUAUCUUAUCACCCUGGGGGGCAACCUGGUCAUUCUGAGCGUGAUCUCAUAUGAUCGGAGGCUCCGCACGCCAAUGUACUUCUUCUUGGCCAACCUGUCGGUCAUUGAUAUCAUCUUCUCCUCUGUCACGGUGCCCAAGCUGCUUUUCAUCCUGGUUACUGCUCAGAGGUCCAUGUCCUUUCAUGGUUGCGUCACUCAGUUGUCCUUCUUUCAAUUCUUCGUGGUGGCAGAAUGUUACCUCUUGGCAGUAAUGGCUUAUGACCGAUAUGUGGCAAUCUGUUUCCCGCUCAACUAUUGUCUAAUAAUGAGCCAGUCGUUGAGAUGCAGAUUAGUGGUGGUUUGUUGGGCAUGUGGCCUUGUGAACUCUCUGGUCCAAGCUUUCUCAAUCUCCCACCUAGAUUUCUGUGGCCCCAAUGUGGUGGACCAUUUCUUCUGUGAUGUCACCCCCCUGUUUAAGCUUUCUUGCUCAGACACACGGGUCAGCGAGACCAUUUUCCUGCUGGUUGUGGCGGUGGCAGGAAUGGGGCCUCUGACUUUUAUCCUUGUGACAUACGGACAUAUUAUCUUGGCCAUAACAAGAAUCACCUCCAGCCAUGGCCGCUACAAAACCUUCUCCACCUGUGCCUCACACUUUACCGUGGUGGCUCUGUAUUAUGGCAGUGGGAUCUUUAGCUACAUCUGGCCUACUUCUACUUACGCCAUGAACAAAGAUGUCAAAGUGGUGGCCGUUCUGUACACAGUCAUGACCCCCAUGCUGAACCCCAUCAUUUACAGUCUUAGAAAUCGAGAAGUUAAACAGGCUCUGAAAAAUGCUGUUGGGAGAAGGAAGUAAAAUGCUGCUCCUGUCAUUCUUUUGGUGUGCUCGUACUCCAUUGGUGU